UGUGACACCUGACUAGCGCUAAAUAUUCGACUACUGGUAAGUAAACCAAAUCAAAGAACCGUUUCUGAAGAAAGCACAUUACAUAUUACGUGUUACAUGAACUAUAACGUAUGAAACCACAAACAUUGCUCACAUAGUUCAAUGAUGACAGUUUACCAUAUCACGAAGGGGUGAUGUCUUGAAGUCUUCCUGGCGUGCUGACGCUCUGAAGUUCAGGCGCAAACAUGACAUUCAAAUAUAUUUUAUUGUAUAACAACAUCGUUUAGAUCAUCAAGUUAAAUACAGUAGUCCUAUUUCAAUUGAAGUUGACAGCUGGUUUCACGCACGCCCCGGCAGUGGACUCAUCUCUUAACUCAGAGGGGCCAUCCAACCGAGGCAGCCCUCUGGAGCCUGUUCCUCCCUGUCCACCAGGUCCCCCGGCAGCGGCAUCAGUGAUGCUGGCCAAGAGCAUCUUGCGACGAAGCUUCUCCUGCCUGCGCCUCAGUAAACAUGUCACCCUCUACAUGAAUGAACAUGUUGCACCCGCACCGUCGGAUCACACCUACGAGGACCAGAAACCUCUGACGCUGAUGCUGCCGUGGUUGGGCGCACGUCCCCAGGCCGUAGCCAAAUAUUGCGACAUCUACCUCCGCACCGGCUUUGAUGUCCUCGUAGUCGAGAGUGAGGUAAAAGAAUUCCUAUGGCCUCGUUGGAGUUUGCAACACGGCAAGAAGCUACUGGAGUUGUUGCAUAGUGACCGCUUUGCGUCACGGCCGCUGCUCGUCCACGCCUUCUCCAUCGGCGGUUACACCUUCGCACAGGUGAUGGUGCUUGUAUCCGAGGACCCGCAGAAGUACAAGACACUCACUGGGAGGAUCAAAGGACAAAUCUAUGACAGCCUGGUGGUGGGCUCUGUGGAGUUGAUGGCUUCAGGUGUGGCCAAGAUCGCGUUUCCUCGCUGGGAGACGGCAGUGAAACAAAUGAGCCUGCUGUACUUCAACACGUUCAAGCGUCAAACCACUGACUACUAUAACAAGAGCAUCCAAGUCUUCUGGAAUUCUCCCUUUACCGCGCCCGCGCUCUUCUUCUACUGCGACAACGACCCGCUGAGUGACCCGCGUGCCCUGGAGGAGGUCAUCAACUUCUGGCGGGGGCGUGCCAUGACCCUCACCGCUAAGAAAUGGGAGUGUUCCAAACAUGCCGGCCACCUGAAGGCCCACCCGCAAGAGUAUGUCGACACUCUGGAAUCCUUCGUCCACUCGCUUUCUCUUGUUCCACUCAAGGCUAAGAUGUAGCUUGAGGGGGGGGAGUCACUCCUAACUUGGCCCACUUGCUGUUACUAACUUCUCAGGUUCUAAUAGUUGUCGUCAACUCAUUUAGUCAACUUAUUUAGUUGAAAUGCAACAAUCGUUGCAGUAACAAAUGUAUAUUUCAGGUCUAUAUUUUCAAUGAAGGAGUUUUAAGACCAAACGGCAAACAAUACAGUACAUCUGCAUUCAUAUAGCGCUUUCACAAGAGCGCAGCUGUCACAAAGCGCUUAAGGCUGCAUUGAGGAAAAAAAAUAGUAUUCCACUACAAGAUUAGAGUCGUAAUCUUGUGAGAAUGAAGGUGAACGGUCUCAAAAGAAAUGUAAAUUUUCCUCCAAAAAAGUUUUGGGGUUCUUUUCCUUCUUGAGACUCUUUAAUUAAGAAAAUUGUUAAUCUUAUAAGAUUAGUUGUAUUUUGUUUCAGGAAAAAAUGCAAUAUUACAUGUUGAAGGUUGUUUCCUCUUUAUUCUCCAAAGUAUGACUUAAAUUUAACUAAGAUCACUCCGUUUGCCUCUUGAAAAUGCAACUUUUACAAAGCUAGAUUUAUGAAUUCAUUUUUGUAAGAUGACUUUCUCUAAAAUGUUUCUUUGUCAACUAUGUUGUACUUUUCACAUUAUAAACCUCCCAUAAUCCCAAUUUAUUCUCGUAAAUGUACAAUAUUUUCGAUAGAUUUUUUUCUCAGUUAUCAAAACUGGAUUACAAUUUUAUUUCCAUGAAAAUAUCAGAUGUUUUCCCUCAAAAAUAGUACUUUCAUGCAUAACUUUUUCCCUCCAAUUUCUGUUUGCAACCAUCCAUCCAUCCAUCUUCUACCGCUUAUCCGGGGCCGGGUCGCGGGGGCAGCAGCUUUAGCAGGGAAGCCCAGACUUCCCUCUCCCUAGCUACUUCUUCCAGCUCUCCCCGGGGGAUCCCGAGGGGUUCCCAGGCCAUCUGGGUGACAUAGUCUCUCCAGCGUGUCCUGGGUCUUCCUCUGGGUCUCCUCCCGGUGGGACAUGCCCGGAACACCACACCAGGGAGGCGUUCAGGAGGCAUCCGAAUCAGAUGCCCAAGCCACCUCAUCUGGCUCCUCUCAAUGUGGAGGAGAAGCGGGUCGACUCGGAGCCCCUCCCGGAUGACCGAGCUUCUCACCUUAUCUCUAAGGGAGAGCCCGGACACCCUGCGGAGAAAACUAAUUUCAGCCGCUUGUAUCCGGGAUCUCGUUCUUUCGGUCACGACCCAUAGCUCGUGACCAUAGAUGAGGGUUGGAACGUAGAUCGACCGGUAAAUUGAGAGCUUUGCCCUUUGGCUUAGCUCCUUCUUCACCACGACAGACCGAUACAACGUCCGCAUCACAGCAGACGCUGCACCGAUCCGCCUGUCGAUCUCUCGCUCCCUCCUGCCCUCACUCGUGAACAAGACCGUGAACAAGAUACUUAAACUCCUCCAGUUGGGGCAAGAUCUCCAACCCCGCCCCGGAGGGGGCACUCCACCCUUUUCCGACUGAGGACCAUGGUUUCAGAUUUGGAGGUGCUGAUUUUCAUCCCAACCGCUUCACACUCGGCUGCGAAACGCUCCAGUGAGAGUUGGAGAGCCCUGUUUGAAGGAGCCAACAGCACCACAUCAUCUGCAAAAAGCAGGGAUGCAAUACUGAGACCACCAAAACGGACCCCCUCAUCGCUUCGGCUGCGCCUAGAGAUUCUGUCCAUGAAGGUUAUGAACAGAAUCGGUGACAAAGGGCAGCCUUGGUGGAGUCCUACCCUCACUGGAAACGAUUCCGACUUACUGCCGGCAAUGCGAACCAAACUCUGACAUCGGUGGUAUAGUGACCGAACAGCCCGUAUCAGGGGGUUCGGUACCCCAUACCCUCAAAGCACCCCCCACAGAACUCCCCGAGGGACACGGUCAAACGCCUUCUCCAAGUCCACAAAACACAUGUAGACUGGUUGGGCGAAUUCCCACAUACCCUCGAGGACCCUGCUAAGGGUGUAGAGCUGGUCCAUUGUUCCACGGCCGGGACGAAAACCACACUGCUCCUCCUCAAUCUGAGGCUCGACUUCCUGACGGACCCUCCUCUCCAGCACCCCUGAAUAGACCUUACCAGGGAGGCUGAGGAGUGAGAUCCCUCUGUAGUUGGAACACACCCUCCGGUCCCCCUUUUUAAAAAGAGGGACUACCACCCCGGUCUGCCAAUCCAGAGGCACUCUCCCCGUUGACCACGCGAUGUUGCAGAGGCGUGUCAACCAUGACAGCCCCACAACAUUCAGAACCUUGAGGAACUCCGCGCGGAUCUCAUCCACCCCUGGGGCCUUGCCACCGAGGAGCUUUUUAACCACAUCGGUGACUACAACCACAGAGAUAGGAGAGCCCACCUCAGAGUCCCCAGGCUCUGCUUCCUCCAAGGAAGGCGUGUUGGUGGAGUUGAGGAGGUCUUCGAAGUACUCUGCCCACCGGUUCACAACGUCCCGAGUCGAAGUCAGCAGCGCCCCAUCCCCACUGUACACAGUGUUAGUGGUGCACUGCUUCCCCCUCCUGAGACGUCGGAUGGUGGACCAGAAUUUCCUCAAAGCCGUCCGGAAGUCGGCUUCCAUGGCCUCACCGAACUCUUCCCAUGCUCGGGUUUUUGCCUCGGCAACCACCAAAGCUGCGUUCCGCUUGGCCAGUCGAUACCCGUCAGCUGCCUCUGGGGUCUCACAGGCCAUAAAGGCUCGAUAGGACUCCUUCUUCAGCUUGACGGCAUCCCUUACUGCUGGUGUCCACCAGCGAGUACGAGGGUUGCCGCCACGACAGGCACCAACCACCUUACGGCCACAACUCAGAUUGGCCGCCUCAACAAUAGAGGCACGGAACAUGGUCCACUCGGACUCACUGUCCCCCGCCUCCCCCGAAACAUGGGAAAAGCUCUGUCGGAGGUGGGGGGGCCGUUCCUCCCAAUCACGCCCCUCCAGGUCUCACUGUCAUUGCCCACGUGAGCAUUGAAGUCCCCCAGUAGAACAAGGGAGUCCCCAGCAGGAGUACUCUCCAGCACACCCUCCAAGGACUCCAAAAAGGGUGGGUAUGCUGAGCUGCUGUUUGGUGCAUAUGCACAAACAACAGUCAGGACCCGUCCCCCCACCCGCAGGCGGAGGGAUGCAACCCUCUCGUCCACCGGUGUGAACCCCAAUGUACAGGCACUGAGCCGGGGGGCAAUAAGUAUGCCCACACAUGCUCUGCGCCUCUCACCGUGAGCAACUCCAGAGUGAAAGAGAGUCCAACCCCUCUCGAGAGGACUGGUACCAGAACCGAAGCUGUGUGUGGAGGCAAGUCCGACUAUAUCCAGUCGGAACUUCUCUGCCUCACACACCAGUUCGGGCUCCUUCCCUGCCAGAGAGGUGACAUUCCAUGUCCCAAGAGCUAGCUUCUGCAGCCGAGGAUCGGACCGCCAGGGUCCCCGCCUUUGGCUGCCGCCCAGCUCGCAUUGCACCCGACCCCUUUGACCACUCCCACGGGUGGUGAGACCAUGAGAAGGGGGACCCACGUUGCCUCUUCGGGCUGAGCCCGGCCCGGGCCCCAUGGGUGUAGGCCCGGCCACCAGGCGCUCGCCAACGAGCCCCACCUCCAGGCCUGGCUCCAGAGGGGGGCCCCGGUGACCCGCGUCCGGGCAAGGGAAACUGAGUACCAUUGAUUUUAUUUUUCAUAAGGGGCUUUGUGAGCCGUGCUUUGUCUGGUCCCUCACCUAGGACCUGUUUGCCAUGGGUGACCCUGCCAGGGGCAUAAAGCCCCAGACAACUUAGCUCCUAGGAUCAUUGGGAUACACAAACCCCUCCACCACAGUAAGGUGACGGCUCACGGAGAGGUCUGUUUGCAACGUUCCUUGAAAAUAGUGUACAACUAUAUUUGAACUUGAAAAUAUUCGAUAAGUGGUUCAACUUGUUUGAUUCUUUGGUACAUUCACCUGAGAAGAAUGGGAGCAAAAGGCGUCGGUUUUCUGUGUGUUCAUUGCCGAUGAGUAAUGUUGUUACAGAGUUACCACUGCACUUCUCUAUCAGAACCUGUUUUACACAAAGGUUUGAUUUAUUUCUCGGGGUUGAUACAAAUGAAUGUAUCCUGGAAGUAAUGUCUCUUGAGACUUUUGUUUACUUACAUUUUUGGUUGGUGAAAAAAUGUCAUGCCUUCAUGUGUGCGUAAUUUCAAAAUAAAGUUGGAAUGUA